UGUAUUGCGUGUGUAUUUCUCCAGCUAAAGGAAGGUAACCGAGCAUAGACAGUCGGUUGAUGCGUUUCUGUUUCAGACCGCUAGGUGGUUGCUCUUGUGACAGAUGCGCUUCAGGAGCUCAAGGACUUUCACUUUACCGAGAUGCUGGAUGUUCUCGUUCUCUCUUUCCCCCCGCACGAAACUCUAGGAAAUGUUUCAGGGGCUUCGGUUAGCUUUUAAUUGUUUGGUCAAUCACCUCUCUGACCAAGCAUUUCCACUUUUUCCCCUCACGCUUCUGCUGUUAUAUUACUACUUUUAGAAAUGGAAACCGGGGAUGCUCGUCUAAACGAGAGACCGGCGAACGGAACGAAGCUUGACGUUCGCUCCGCAGCUUUGCCUUAACGGUACCGGGACGAUCGGAUUUGGAUAUUUUUCGAGGAAUAUACACGAUGGAUGUGCAAUUUUUAACUGUGUUUUGUUUGCUCGUUUGCUGUGAACUUUCGGCGGUUCUCGCGCGCGGCGGCAACGCGGCAGAUGUAACGCUUGAAAGGGCUUCAUCCCAUAAAGUGCGUGAAAUCGGCACGGACGGCCGUGAGCGACGUUUAACUUUAAGCGAAACGAGUUUCGAGGAGCCCACGGACGUGCUUUCGACGAGCGGGACCGCCGUGAAGCUAACGCCGGAGAACGGGAGCGAUAACGCGAGGGCGUCUUCCAGGCGAAAGUACGAGGAGAGCGAUCGGCUGGACGGAUAUGGACAGUUUAUGAAAGGAAAGCCGGGCGUUAAAAGGCGUUUUCGUCGACAGGAGAGAGUAACGGGCGGGAAUCAAACCAUCAAAUCUCCAGACGAUGAACUCGGGCGCGCGGAGCCCUUGCCUAAACCCGUAGCGCAGAUCCAGCCUACGGAGUUCACUUCUAUCCCUGAAUGGGGCACCUCACCUGUGGAGGACUUCGAGGAAGCCUUUACCCCGUUCGUCCCCUUUAACACGCGAUCAAAAGCUCCGGGGGUGAAGAACCCGUUUUACCCCGUGACAGGUGAAUCGUACGGCGCGUAUGCCGUCAUGUGCGUCUCCAUUCUCAUUUUCACUGUGGGAAUUAUUGGGAAUAUAGCGAUCAUGUGCAUAGUGUGCCACAAUUACUACAUGAGAAGCAUUUCGAACUCCUUGCUGGCCAACCUCGCCCUGUGGGAUUUUGUCAUCCUCUUUUUCUGCUUGCCGCUUGUUAUAUUCCACGAACUCACUAAGGAUUGGCUCCUUGGGGAAUUCUCCUGUAAAAUCAUUCCGUACAUUGAGGUGGCGUCUUUAGGAGUAACUACCUUCACUCUUUGUGCUUUGUGCAUCGACCGUUUCCGCGCCGCGAGCAACGUCCAGAUGUACUACGAGAUGAUUGAGAAUUGCACCUCCACUACCGCCAAGCUAACCGUGAUCUGGCUGGGUGCUCUGCUCCUCGCCCUGCCCGAGCUCCUCAUCCGGCAGCUGGUGAAAGAGGAGCGCGAGCCUCCGGAGGUGAUACCUUGUGAACAUUGCGUAAUCCGAAUCUCCACGGCUCUCCCAGACACACUUUACGUGCUCGGGCUCACCUACAACAGCGCUCGCCUGUGGUGGUACUUUGGCUGCUACUUCUGCCUGCCCACCCUCUUCACCAUCAUCAGCUCGGUGGUGACCGCACGCAAGAUCCGCAAAGCUGAGCGCACCAGUGUCCGAGGCAACCGCAAGCAGAUCCAACUGGAAAGCCAGAUGAACUGCAUCGUGGUGGCUUUGGCUAUCCUGUACGGCUUUUGUGUUAUUCCAGAGAACAUCAGCAACAUCGUAGCGGUGUACAUGGCUACAGGCGUGCCACGUCGUACCCUGGAUAUUCUUCAUUUGGUGAGUCAGAUGAUGCUGUUCUGCAAGUCCGCCGUUACGCCCGUCCUGCUUCUGGCGCUCUGUCGGCCCUUCAGCAAAGCCUUCUUGGACUGCUGCUGCUGCUGUUUCGAGGAGUGCGGCCCACCAAAGUCCUCCGAGCCCAACAGUGAUGACAACGAUCAGGAUGGCACCACCGAGCUCGAGCUUUCACCCUACAGCACUGUAGUCCGCAGGGAUCCAUCUACCUUCCCAAUAGCAGGAACGCACUGCUAAGGUUGUACCUUACCGAAGGGCUAAACAAUACCAAGGGCUUAGAUUUGCAGAGAUGAUAUUUUAACAGGCUGUGCAAUUUUGUGCAGUUUCUGUUUACACUCAAGUUUGCCCAGAAACUGAAUAUUUUACUUUUUGAAAAUAGAGACAAAAGCCGCAUUUAUCCAAGGCUACAUGGUCUUAGAGAUGCAACUGCCUAUUGAUGUUUACAAAAGACGAAAUGCGUUCCUUGUGUAGUUUCUUGGAAGUUUGUAGAAGUCUAGAAGUAUUAUGAAUUAACUCACAGGCAUUUGUUAUAUUUGCACAGUUUUCUUACCCCUCUAUCUUUUUUUUUUUUUUUUUUUUAAUUUGGUGUAUUUAUGUUUUUUUGUUUUUUUUUUCCCAAAAUGUCUCUGAAGCUUAUGGAAGGUAUUAGAAAAUGGCUGUUUGUAGUUUGUUUUGGUGUUGUGGAAACUGGCGAUUCUUGUGAAUCGGUUUAAUGUUAAGUCUAGCUCCCUUGCUAUGUAAGUAUUAAAUUCACUCUGUAUUUGCUAGCAGAAGAACUUGUGCUGUUCUUCAGCCACUGGAAAGCACUGAAGAAGCUAUUUAGUCAAGACAUGUCACUUUAAUAA